AUGGGACAUGGAAAUCAGACCAGUGUUUCUGAGUUUCUUCUCCAGGGGCUCUCCCAGUGGCCAGAACACCAACAACUCUUCUUUGGAUUGUUUCUCUGCAUGUACCUGGUUACCAUGGUAGGGAAUGUGCUCAUCUUCCUUGCCAUCAUCUCUGAAGCUCGCCUCCACACCCCUAUGUAUUUCUUCCUGGCCACUCUUUCCUUUGCUGACAUUGGUCUAUCCUCUAGUAUAGUCUUGAAGAUGCUACAUAACCUGUAUACUCAGCAUCACACCAUCUCCUAUGCAGGGUGCCUAACACAACUCUAUUUCUUUCUUUCAUUUGGGGACAUGGACAGCUUCCUGCUUGCUGUGAUGGCAUAUGAUCGCUACAUGGCCAUCUGUUACCCACUCCAUUAUACCACAGCCAUGAGUCCCCAGCUCUGCAUCCUUCUGGUGAGCAUGUGCUGGGUGAUCACUAAUCUCCAUGCUCUGUUACACACUUUGCUCAUGGCAAAAUUGUCCUUCUGUGUGGUAGGGAAAAUAUCCCACUUUUUUUGUGACAUCAGUCCCCUGUUGAAAGUGUCCUGCUCUUCCACCCAUCUAAAUGAAUUAAUGGUUUUUGUUGCAGGUGGUCCAGUUAUGACAGUUCCUUUCCUAUGCACUCUAAUCUCUUAUAUCUACAUUGUCUCUGCAAUUCUCAGGAUGCCAUCUUCAGGGGGUGGCAGGAGAAAGGCCUUCUCCACUUGUGGCUCUCACCUCUCUGUGGUCUGUAUGUUUUAUGGGCUGAUUAUGAUGAUAAAGAAUGCUAUCUUUUACAGAGAAGUGACAGAUUAA